AUGUCCUACAGGAAUAAUAGUAGUAACAAUUCGAAUCCCAGAAGGUCCAGCAAUGAAGGAGGUAAUUUCGGAGGAUACCGAGUUUAUGUUGGGGAUAUCGGGCAGCGAAUUUGCAAGUCGGAUUUGGAGAGAGAAUUUACACAGUAUGGUCCUGUGACUGAUGUCUGGAUGGGUAAAAAACGUGAACCAAGUGCACCAGAUUAUGCAUUCAUAGUUUUCCGCUACCCGGAUGAUGCAGAAGAAGCUGUGAGGGAUAGAAAUGGAAGGAAGCUGUGUGGUCGCAUAGUCAGGGUGGAACAUGCCAGGCCUAUUGGCAGUAACGCACGGCGAGGCAGAGGUGGGAAUUAUGGUGGAAAUUACGGUGGGGGUGGGGGAAACCGAGACUACAAUAAUUACCAGAGAGGAGGUAAUACCUCUCGGAGACGUUCUCAGUCUAGAGAAAGGGGUGGAAGUAGAAG